AUGAGUGUAUUCAACUUUAUUAUCAAAUUUAAAUUAAGUGAGUUAUUACUUAAAAAAAUCAUUUAAUAAUAAACUUGGGAGCACAACAUUUUCUGCUUUUGCAAAAUUUAUGUAAUUCUGUAUAACAAUAUAAAUAAAAAUUAUUUUAGGACCAAAAAGAGAAAUAUAAGAUGUUUGAAAAAAUGAAUUAGCAUUUAAAAGACUGGAUAAAUUUUGUAUAAGGAGCAAAUAUAAAAUGA